AUGAACGCGGGACAACAGACGACGAGGCGGUUGGCCGUGAGAGCGGGACAAUCAAUAUGCCGUUCCUGUAGAGACACCAUCUCUCGCACCUAUGCCAGCGCAGCAGCAGCCGCUGUUCAGACAGAAGACUCAAUAUCCCAACACAUCCCCCCGGUUACCCAGAGCUCUCCCAACACCUCGUACGGCGUCAACGCCGGGGUUGUCCUCUCCCGUCCCCCGCAAAUCACACGCGACCUCCACCCCUUCGAGUCCGCCUUCUUCCUCUACCAGCGCCGUCUCAAUGAACGUCUCGCCCUGCCCUUCACCCGGUACUUUUACUUUAAGAAGCGCACGCCCGCAGAUCUAGAAUGGAAGCGGAAGAUGAAACAACGCCUUACGCCAGCUAGAGAUAUCGGACGCUACCAGGGCUAUGGAGAGGAGGCAUGGAAUGACGAAGUACUAGUUGGGGCGAAUGAGAGCAAAUUUGAGUGGCAGGUCGAGAAGCUGCUUGAGGAUGCUGAGCAGUCUGGUGCUGAGCCUGGUGCUGCGGACGCGCCUGGCAUGAAGAAGGUUGAGCGCGAGCUGUUUGACAGGCCGAAGCCGCGGGUCACCGAGGCCGACGAGACGAAUGACACUAAGAGUCUGAAUCGUGCGCUGCAAAGGACGUUGUAUCUUCUUGUCAAGAACAAGGAGGGGCGAUGGGAGUUUCCACAAGACAAGCUGAGGGAGGAGAAUCUCCAUGGGGCUGCACACCGCAUCAUCACCCACACGGGCGGCGAGAACAUGAACACUUGGCUCGUUGGCCACGUACCCAUCGGCCACCACCAGAUCGACUACCCAGAGCCUCGGCCCACGGAGAAGCUCAACGAGCAUGGCGCGAAAACCUUCUUCUUGAAGGCGCGUAUCAUGGCCGGCCAGGUCAAUCUAAAGGAGAAUAAGCUGGGCCUCCAGGACUUCAAGUGGCUAGCUAAAGAUGAGCUGAAGAAUGAGGUGGACGGGAGCUACUGGCGGAGCAUUAAGAACAUGUUGACGGAGCGAUGA